AUGGAUCCACGCCCAACUCCUCUUCCGACACCACCUCCCUCACCUCAACCAGUCCCUCAGCCGGCACCCCAGCCUGGACCGCAGCCAGGACCUCAACCGGCACCGCAGCCAGCACCGCAGCCGCCACAAUCAGUUCAAGCUGCAUCAGAAAUCAGUUUUGAUGAAGAUCUCUCAAGCCAGUCUGGGUCCAUCGGCCAAGAUGCAGAAGCACAAACACGUCUGGGCCCCAACCCACCACCACCCUCUUCCACCUCCACCCCAACUACAAACCCUAGUCAAAUACUCACGGCAAAGUCCGCCGUGGCAUCCGCAGCCAAAGAGCUACGCUUGAUCCGCAAGGUGCUCGAGCCCAAGGAAGCAGGCGAAGCGUCUUCGAGUCAGGCGGUUCCUCCAGAAUUUCACGGCGGCAGUAGUAGCAGUAGCAGCAGCAGCUACGGGGACCCGUCCGCUCUCUGGCGCGAGUUCGAUAAUCUGGAAAUUCAUGCCACCAGAUGGGCGGGAAUGGAGGUAGGGGUGUUAAAGGACCUUCUGGAGCAGUUGGAGGCAUUACUGAAUGAUGCGCGAAACCAGUUGAUUGAACUGGAGGUCCAGAAGGCACUGUUGGAGAUGUUGCUCGCCAUUUCGAAGUAUCGGGGCGAGGUAGAGGAUUCCAGCUCGAAAGAGGGUUAA